GAUCCUCCCGAGUCAGUGUGCGGCCUACAGGGGGCGCAGCCGCCGAGGCUUUGCAGCUGCACUGGUCAUGAGGAGCCCGUCUUUUCCCUCUCGUGUAGCUUUUAGCGACAGGGGAGGGCUCGGGAGCAGCCAAUCCGGACACACGCUGUUAUAGCAACAGAGCAGAAUGUGCGGAGUGGAGUGAGCCGGGGAGUCUGGGGCAGCACUCGGGAGCCCUCCAGCCGAGUCCCCGGAGCUCCAUGAAGAGAGGAGAGCCGUGUGUGCCCGACAGAAAGCGUCCCCGGGAGCGCUGAGGGGCUGCGGCUUGUCUGCUCCCGCCCCAUUGUUUGUGCGCUCCCAAAAUAUGGCAAAGGUUCAGGUGAACAAUGUAGUGGUGCUGGACAACCCGUCUCCAUUCUACAACCCCUUCCAGUUCGAGAUCACUUUCGAGUGCAUAGAGGACCUGUCUGAAGAUUUGGAAUGGAAAAUAAUAUAUGUCGGAUCUGCCGAAAGUGAAGAAUAUGAUCAAGUACUGGAUUCUGUGUUAGUUGGCCCUGUACCUGCAGGACGACACAUGUUUGUAUUUCAGGCUGAUGCCGCAAAUCCUGGACUUAUCCCAGAUGCAGAUGCAGUGGGUGUCACUGUGGUGUUAAUAACCUGUACAUACAGGGGACAAGAGUUUAUCAGAGUUGGCUACUAUGUUAAUAAUGAAUACACUGAAACAGAGUUACGAGAAAAUCCACCUGUGAAACCAGACUUUUCCAAGCUUCAAAGAAACAUACUGGCAUCGAACCCUAGAGUAACACGGUUUCACAUAAACUGGGAGGACAACACUGAAAAGCUAGAUGAACUGGAGAACAGUAACCCCAACCUACAAUCUAUGCUUUCCACAGACGCUAUGCCAUCUGCAUCCAAAGGCUGGCCGACAUCAGAGAACUCCCUUAACGUUAUGCUAGAAUCUCACAUGGACUGUAUGUGACCAACCAAUCACCACAAAACAGGACUAGUUUACAGGAUUCUGUCUCCCAUGAUUUGGAGACCGCAUUCGCAAAACUUGCAAUAAGAAUACUUUCAGGCAGAAACACUAUUUGAACUAUUUUUAUGUGGGUUACCACUGAAUACGUUGGCAAAAGGGUAAAGUUAAAAGUUUUGUAUUUAUUUUAAAGUGCUUUAGUUUCCCCAUUUGCUCUACAUUAGUGCUUUUAAAUAAACCAACUCUGUUCCACCUCUCUAACCAUGAAGAACGUUUAACCAUUUAAGGCUGAAUCCACAUGUUUUGUCAGUAUAAUUACUACAGCUUUUUGGGCUUAAAACGCUUUACUGUCUAUAAAUAGAUUUUGGAAAGAAAGUGUAUGUGCAGUGGGCUACAUGCUAAGCAAAGGACAGUCUGCAUUGUUUUCUGUGGUUUUGACAUGCGAAUGUAACUCUUUAGCACCAUGCUUACAAUAUGCAGUGUCAUACAUUCCUGUUUUGGGAUUUGUCAUUGCCUGAGCCACUGUCUCCAGAGUGAUGUUAUAGAUGGCAAAUUCUGAAAUAUUUGCUUAUAACUACAACAUUUGAGGUUGCUUGAAGGGUCUGGAGAACACUUAUAAAUGUGGUGUUAUGGUUUCAUGCGUUUGCAGUUCUCCAUCUUAGGCAUUU